AUGGUAUAUCCCCUUAACCUUCCGGAUAUUCCAUAUUCUGUUUUCUGUUCCUCUAAAGACGCUUUGUUUCGUUAUUCUGUUCGAACCCUAUCAAAGAUGAAGGCGCGAAGUGCGAUCAGGGGUCACUCAGAUCCUGCAAAGUUAGAAUUAAGAGUUCAUGAUGCUCAACAGUUAUCUACCAAUGAGCUAAAGAAAUGUCAAAUGGAAAUCAAGAUUACUGAUCUAGGAAUGGCUAAGAGUUUGGUGAGUGAUGGUAUUCCAAGCUGUUCUAGCUCACCUGCUAGAAUGCAGGGGACAUUGGGCUAUUUUGCCCCUGAAUAUGCGAUUGUUGGAAGGGCAUCACUGAUGUCAGAUGUUUUUAGUUUUGGUGUUGUGCUUCUUGAACUUAUUAGUGGUGUUGUGAUUUGGGUGACACCACUUUUACAAUAUAGCAGGAUAGUGAGUAAGCAACUGUCGGACCCACGUCUGAAAGGGAAGUUUGAAGAAGAAGAGAUGCAAGUGAUGGCUUAUUUAGCAAAAGAGUGUUUGUUGUUGGAUCCUGAUGCUCGCCCAACAAUGAGUGAAGUUGUUCAAUUACUUCUAACUAUAGCACCAGAAAAAUCUAAAAGGCGGAAUUUCUCCGUUGACUUUGAAUUUGUCUCUGUUAAGUCGUUUUUUCUGCGUUCUGAAAAAAAUCUUAAUUUCUUAAAUAGGAUUAUACCAUUAGAAUGGAAUGCGAGCUUCAACAAUUGUCAUCCAGUAGAAUCUUCAUUGCUUGUGCAUACCCCUCAUGAAAACAAAGAACCAGUUGCAGUUACAGGUCCCGAUUCACAUGGUGGGGAUGAUGAAGUCACUGUUGAUUUAACUGAACCACACUUUGAAUCCUUUUGUGUGUCUAAUAUUUCAUCUGCUUCAUAA